UUCUGAGAAAUCGGCAGCUCCCCAUCAGCUCAACCUUACCCGCACUCACGCAGUCACGCUCACAGACACAUACGAGAGAGAGAGAGAGAGAGAGAGAGAUGACUUCUUGUGCUGCAUUUGCUUGAUCUUCAUCUAGAAAAGCGUAAUAGAUUGGUUGAUUGUUGAAGACUUGAAGAGGCUUCUGGUUCUGAAAAAUGUUGGGUCGGUCCUCGUUAUCGAGAACCGGAAGCUUCCGGCCUGAGAAUUUGGGCCAGAAUGCCCUGGCAAUGAUUGGAAAUCUUUGCUUCACUAUGUUUGUGCUUGGUGUACUAAUUUUUACAAUUAUUGCCGCCACUUAUGAACCCGAAGACCCUUUGUUUCACCCAUCAACCAAGAUCACCACAUUUCUCACAUCCAACUCUAAUGCCACUUUUAAGUCUGAUAACACGGUUGUCAGAACCGGUGAGGAUUUCAUGGCCCCAAACCAAACUGCAUUCGACACGUUUAUCAACCUAACAGAUGUCGAAAAUAUAACCCAAACUGUAGACCCCGGUGUAGGUACCAUUGAAAAGGAAGCGACCUCAUGUGAGAACAGUGUGGAUAGCCCGGUAGAUUGCAGGGACCCUGAGGUGUUCCAUAUGAUGAUGAGGGCCACUAUAGAACAUUUUAAGGAUAUUCAUUUUUAUAGGUUUGGGAAACCAGUUCCUGGGUCUAAUGAUAGCACCUGUGAUAUGGCGUGGCGGUUUAGGCCUAAGGAUGGGAAGACUGCUGCUUUUUAUAAGGAUUAUAGGAGGUUUGUGAUUUCAAGGUCUGAGAAUUGUACCCUUAGUGUGGUUGGGAUUGGGGAUUACCACACGGGUGUGAAUGCAAGGAAGAGGAAGAAGAAUCAGAAACCUGGGUUUGAGAAGACACGAGUGAAGCAAGGCCAGGUUAUUUCGUUGCCUGUUGUUGGGGAGGCUGUGAAUGAUGCCCUUCCUGUCGUUGAGUCUGAAGGUUCGUUUAGCCGUGGGAAGUACCUGCUUUAUACGGACGGCGGAGAUAGAUGCAAGAGCAUGAACCAUUACUUGUGGAGUUUCUUGUGUGCCUUGGGUGAAGCUCAGUACUUGAACCGAACAUUGGUUAUGGAUCUGAGUAUAUGUUUAUCUUCAAUUUACAGUUCAUCAAAUCAGAAUGAGGAAGGGAAAGAUUUUAGGUUUUACUUUGACUUUGAGCAUUUGAAAGAGUCGGCAUCAGUGUUGGACCAGGGUCAGUUUUGGUCAGAUUGGAAACAAUGGCAGAAGAAAGAUGGAUUAAAUCUCCAUCUUGUGGAGGAUUUUAGGGUCACACCAAUGAAACUCUCAGAAGUGAAAGAUGCUUUGAUUAUGAGAAAGUUUGGGUCUGUGGAGCCGGAUAAUUACUGGUAUAGGGUCUGUGAAGGAGAGACGGAGUCCGUUGUUCAACGACCAUGGCAUUUGAUAUGGAAAUCAAGACGGUUGAUGGAUAUAGUGUCAGCUAUUGCAUCUAGGUUGAAUUGGGAUUAUGAUGCUGUUCAUAUUGUGAGAGGGGAGAAGGCAAGGAACAGAGAGCUCUGGCCGAAUCUUGCUACAGAUACUUCACCUGAUGCACUUCUCUCAACCCUAAGGGACAAGAUUGAAGAUGGGAGGAACCUUUAUAUUGCAACAAAUGAACCUGGUACGUCCUUCUUUGACCCUCUCAAGGACAAGUAUUCUACUCAUUUCCUUGACGAGUACAAGGAUCUUUGGGAUGAGAAUAGUGAGUGGCACUCAGAGAUGAAGAAACUUAACGAAGGCAAUCCAGUUGAAUUUGAUGGUUACAUGAGGGUGUCGGUUGAUACAGAAGUGUUUUUGAGAGGAAAAAAGCAGAUCGAAACUUUCAAUGAUCUCACCAAUGAUUGCAAGGAUGGUAUCAACACCUGCGCUGCUUCGGCCAGCUAAUCACCAUAUAUGAAGUUUGAGACAUCUGGAAAUAUCCACGUUACUUUUACCUAUUCUGUAUUGCAUUUGAGAAAUUGUAAGCUUUAAUUCUUAGUUUUAGCAUUGAGUUGCAUAAUCAUAAGUUUUGUAUCUGUAAAAGCAACUAUGUAUGAAUGUGUCAUAUGGAAACUUGUCAGGAUGGAAUAUGCUCCUCAGAUUGCCUUUUUAAUGAUGAUUUUGCUCUUGACGGUCA